AUGCCAGAACUGCUUUUCGCUGAAGAUCCGAUGCGACCGGACGCAGCGGACCUUCUCCGCCUCCAAAGACCCGGCCCAAUCGUUCAGCAACCCCUGCCAUCGGUCAACGAAGAAUCUAACGCUGGUGUCUCGACGUCACCAAACAACCCACAAGAUGGCGAUGUCGUGGACGAGGACCUUGUGUCCAUCGAGCGGGCAGAGACAUUGGUCGAAGUCUACAAGACUGACAUGAUGCCUCACUUUCCCUUCGUCAUCGUCCCACCGCAUGUUACCGGCAGCGAUUUGCGACACACGAAGCCCUUCCUAUUCCUCGCCAUUGUCUCAGUGGCAUGCUUCCACGAUUUGAACACACAAGAUAAGCUAUGCAAUCGAUUCAAACAUAUGGUCAGCGACAAGGUUUUGCUUGGCGGAGACGAUUGUCUGGAAUUGGAAUACAUUCAAGGUCUCCUGAUUGUCCUGGCAUGGAAUCAAUAUCAUGGCCGAUCGAAGUACUACUCGCAGUAUCUCCAGCUCGCCAUUUCGCUGGCCGUCGACAUGCGCCUCGAUCGGAAGCUCCUUCAGCCGAAACCAGCGAACGCGGGCAAUAAGCGGAACCCUGUCGUCGAAAAGCCGGGCAUGUUGUCCGUAACGUGGGGUGCAGAGGAGCAGCGUGCAGCUGCAGGCAUCUUCUACAUCUCCUCCACUGUCUCCAAGCUGUUCGACAAGACCAACACAUUUGCGUGCACACAGUUCAUAGAAGAAGGAACCCUUGCGCUGCGAGAGCAGGCCGAGUAUAGGACGGACAAGGAUCUCUACCAUGUCAUACGUCUGCAGCGAAUAAUCGAGGGCAUCGACAAGAUCGCGACUGCGUCAGAUUCGGAUGCCGAUGCGCAGUCAGCUUAUCUGCGCGUGCGGACAGAGUUGGAAGAGUUUCGAGUAUAUCUUUGCUCUGACGUCAGCGACAGCCAACUUCUCUUCAUGCAGUUCCACACCGCAAAAUUGUUCCUAUACCAGGUUGCAUUCUUUGAGCGAAAUUUGCAGCAGUCGCCUGCUCUGCAUCGCAACAUCAUAUGUGAAGGUCUCGAGGGCGCUAAGUCCUUCCUGGACCUCUACCUAUGGCUCCCACCCAAGUCAGAAAUGUUCUUGACCAACACUGAAUGGAUCCAAUUAAACUUUGGCGUGACGCUGGCGGCGAAGUUCGCCAUCAUCAGCAAGGAACCUGGCGUUGAGCCCCAUACACGUGACUUGCGACACCGUCUGAACAUUGACAACGUGUUUCGUCACCUUGCACUACGAAUAGGUGCAUUGGUGGGUAGAGGUGGGGAAGGCAACAAGCAGAAAGACAUCUUCUUCCACUACGAAUCGCGAGUGCGCAAGAUACAGAAAUGGUACGAACGCAUGAUCCAAGCAACCCGCGCAAGCAGCCCAGAAUCGCAAGCAAGUACUUUGCAACCCCAAGCAGGCGGCGUUCAUCGGCGUCAAUCUCCUUCGCAGCCACACGACUCUUACCGCGAUCCGCCAUCCGCAACGCCAUCACAGGUCCCAGUCUCAGCAACGUACUCGCACCAGCAGCCCCAGUACAUAGCGUCGGCAUCAUAUCAGCAUGACAUGAUGCCCAUGCCACAGUACCAGCAAAUGCAGCAGUAUAUGGAGCCACAAAUACAUCAGCAGCCAUCAGUAUCCGCAGUUGGCAUGGCACCAAUGAGCACUUACUCGUCCUACAGUCCUGUACCUAGUGUUGCAUACCCAGAUCUUAUGAGUGCACCAGGGUGGGACAACAUGUUUACCAUACCCAUGGAAAAUGAAGCGAUCUUCGAUGUCUCACAAGGAUAUGGUCUGGGCAUGGCGAGCCCGCCCAGCGAAGCGUCUUGGGAUAGUUCUUCGGCUCAAUGA